AGAAAAACAAAAAGCGAUGCUGGUUGAGCCGUCAAAGAGAGAUGGGGGAUAGGAGGAAGAUGGGGAGAAAUUGGAAGAAGGAUAGGAGAGGCCACUUCUUGAACCACUCCGGUCUUCCCCGUCACUCUCUGGGGAAUGCCGAGAAAUGGAAAGAGCCGCCUCGACUCUUUCCAUCCUCCAAGAACGACGAUAGGAACCACCCCAUUACAAGUACGAGUACAGCACGGCAAAACCAAAGCGCCACCCCAGAUGCAGUAUGUCUACAGUAGUCCUAUCGCAUAUAAACACGCUCGCCGAGUAUUACGUCCACAAAACUACUUUGUUUGGCAUUAA